AUGGCAUCAAACAAGAGCAACGGUACACUUUAUACUUAUCCUGGUAAUAUUCAUGGUUUUAAAGCUCAAAUUGCUGCUCGUUAUGGUGGAACACAAUUAACUAUUGCUAAUGAAAAUCAAUUUAAAAUGAAUGAAACUAAUCAAUCAGAAGAAUAUGUUCGUAAAUUUCCAACAGGCAAAGUACCCGCCUAUGAAAAUGAUGCUGGUAUUUAUCUAUUUGAAUCUAAUGCUAUUGCUCAUUUUCUUUCAAAUGAACAACUUCGUGGUACAACAUUAGUUGAACAAUCUGAAAUUAUUCAAUGGAUUGAAUAUAGUGAACGAGAAAUAUAUCCAGUAUCAACUACAUUAGUUUAUCCAUGUAUGGGUAUAUUACAAUUUAAUAAAAGUCAUAAUGAACAUGCUAAAGCUGAACUUAAACUUAUUUUACAAUUACUUAAUGAUUAUCUUCGUACACGAACAUAUCUUGUUGGUGAACGUAUUACAUUAGCUGAUAUUACAAUUGUUUGUGAUUUACUUUUAUUAUUUGAAUGGAUUAUUGAACCAUGUAUGCGUGACACGCAUCCAAAUUUAACACGAUGGUUUUUAACAUUAAUUAAUCAAAAAGAAUUUCAAACAGUUAUUGGUACUAAUUUUCAAUUAUGUGAAAAAACAGCAAUAUUUGAUGCAAAGAAAUUUGCUGAACUUUCACAUAGAAAUCAUGUACCUCAAACUCAACCACGUCCAAAAGAUUUAUCACAACAUUCACAUGAACAUGUCGAAGAAGUAAAAUCUAAAAAAGAAAAAAAAUCCGCUAAAGAAGAACAAAAACCUGCAACGAAAAGUAAAGAAAAAGAACAAAAAGAAGAUGAUAAUACCAAUGCUGGUGAUGAUGAAACUGAUGAAGUUUAUGCCAAUGAACCAAAACAAAAGGAUCCAUUUGCUGAUAUGCCUAAACCAACAUUUAAUAUGGAUGAAUUUAAACGUGUUUAUUCAAAUGAAGAUACAGCUGAAAAAGCUAUACCUUAUUUUUGGACAAAUUUUGAUAAGCAACAUUGUUCAAUAUGGUUUUGUGAAUAUAAAUAUCCGGAAGAUUUAACACAAAUAUUUAUGACAUGUAAUUUAAUAUCAGGAUUUUUUCAACGUUUAGAUAAAUUACGUAAACAUGCAUUUGCUAGUAUGUGUGUUUUUGGUGAAAAUAAUAAUAAUACUAUUGCUGGUAUUUGGAUUUGGCGUGGACAUGAACUUGCUUUUGAAGUAAAAGACUAUUAUUGUUUGUUUCGAUGUUUUAUUUUAUUUUAUUGA